CCCAAAAAUCAAACAACACUUCACUCUCAUUUCAAUGGAAAACCAGAAGGUCCAAGGGGUGGCGCACACCACCGCUACCACCACCACCAAUUCCCGCGCCUUCCACCACUACAACGGAAGCGCCUAUGGCGGCCGUGAAGAUUGCUGGACGGAAGGAGCAACCGCAGUCUUAAUCGAAGCAUGGGGAAAUCGCUAUCUUGAGCUAAACCGUGGAAAUCUCCGUCAAAAAGAUUGGAAAGAAGUUGCAGAUUCAGUAAACGUUUAUCAUAUUAAACAAGGUAUUAAGAAUUUUUCAAGAACAGAUAUUCAGUGUAAGAAUCGAAUCGAUACUAUUAAGAAGAAGUAUAAAUCUGUGAAAUCUAAACCUAAUCCAUCUCAAUGGCCGUUUUUCGAUCGUUUACAUUCACUGAUUGGAGCUAAUUUUUCUCCUGUUAACAAGAAAUUAGCUUCAUCUUCAUCGUCUCCACAACCUAUUCAUUAUAGACAUCCUGGUAGUGGUGGUGGUUUGAAAAACCCUAACCCUAAUCUUGGUAUGUAUUCUGGUGGUGGAAUGUCGAAGAAGGCGAGGUUGGAUGAUGGUGAGUAUAGUGAUAGUUCUGAGGGUGAGGACGAGGAUGGGUAUGAUGACAGUGAGGGGGAGGGGGAGGGGGAGGGAAGAGAGGAGGAGGUGGAAGUAGAGGCGGAGGAAUUGGAGAGGGGUGGAGGAAGGAAACGGCGAGGGGGAGGGGAAGAUGGAGGAGGUGUAGGAGAGGGGUAUAGAGAAUUGGCGAAAGAGGUAGUGAAAUUUGGGAAAAUGUAUGAGAGAAUUGAGUGUUCGAAACAACAACAAAUGAUGGAGUUGGAGAAACAAAGGAUGGAGUUUACUAAAGAGAUUGAGUUUCAAAGGAUGCAAAUGUUUAUGGAUGCACAACUUAAGGUUGAGAAGAGGAAGCGUCCAAAUCACGGCGGUGAGUCCUUAGGAUUUGAUCCUUUACUCUUCUUCUCUCUUUCGAGUUUUCAAUUCUGAAUCGGAUGAAUGUCGUUGUAUGUACUAGUUUGAUUUUGUGCUGACACUUGCUAUGUUGUAAGUCUAGAAAAGCCUGUUUCAUCAAUCUGUUGUGAGGAUGGGUAAUAUGACUGUUGAAUUCCACAUUUCUAGUUAACUAAAAGCUUGUAUGUGAUAUUGGUUUGACUGAAUCGUGUACUUGUUUGAUUGGUUGUAAAUAUACAAGCAGAGAUUAUAUUUACGAGUUUAUAAUUAUGAUUUUGUAUUCUGUAA